GAAAGAGAGCGAGCGAAAGAGAGAGGCUGGGUUGCCUCGGCCUCCUCAGCCGGCAGGGGUUGGCCCUGGCCUCCGAGGCGGGGCUUCGGGGACGGGGUCCCUCCUCCUCCUCCUCCUCCUCGGCCGGCCGCUCCUUCCUUGGCGCGAGGCUGCGCCGGAGAAGCCGAGGGGCGCCGGGCUAGCUAGCCGCCACCCCGGAGCCGAAGGAGCGCCGGGCGCGGGCGACGCCAAGGCGGAAUGGCGGCUGCGGAGCGGAGGGCCUUCGCGCACCGCAUUAACCGGACUGUGGCAGCUGAAGUAAGGAAGCAGGUGUCCCGAGAAUAUGGCAACUCCCCUCAGCUUUCCAAGAAGCGGGGUGGCCCACCACAGUCGGUGCCUCUGACAGAAGUGGUGGAGCCAGUAGACUUUGAGGAGUACCUCGGCAGCCACGUGCCAGAUGCUGAGCCCGGUCCACUUCGUGAUCUGGUUGAGUUCCCCACAGAUGACUUAGAGGUGAUCCAUCAAACACGGGACUGUCGAACACUGGAACCUGGCAUCCCUGAAGAUGAGAAGCAGGAUGCUCGCGUACGAGAUGCUGUACAAGUCUACACGGAAGACUGGGUCAUUGUCCAAAGAAAGUACCAAAGGCUGAGCACCAUGUACAAUGCUAUUACGGCCGAGAGGCAAAGGGAUAGGCAGAAAGGGCUGCCUAGGCAAGUCUUUGAACUUGAUGAAGUAGCUGAAGAGCGGAGCAGUCAGGGGGAUUCGGAUGACCUGAAGCGCUGCUCCACCUCCCUUGAUGAUACACCCCGUGGCAGCUGGGCCUCCAGCAUCUUUGACUUGAAGAACUCUGCGGCUGACUUCUUGUUGCGCUCUCUCUUGGUGCGCACUGCCAUCGAAGAGACUGACCGCACGAAUGAGGAGCUGCGCAAGAAGAACCGGCACGGUGAAAUCCUGGCCCUUUACCCGGCCCCAGAUGAGGAUGAGGCGGUAGAACGCUGCAGCAUCCCAGAAGUUCCCAGGGAGCACUUUGGUCAGAGGAUCCUGGUGAAGUGUUUGUCUCUGAAGUUUGAGAUUGAGAUCGAACCUAUCUUUGGAUCGCUAGCGCUUUACGAUGUGAAGGAGAAGAAGAAGAUCUCUGAAAACUUCUACUUUGACCUCAAUUCGGAGCACAUGAAGGGGCUUCUGCGAGCGCACAGUGCCCACCCUGCUAUCUCCACGCUGGCUCGCUCGGCCAUCUUCUCCCUCACACAUCCUUCCCCAGAUAUAUUCUUAGUGAUCAAGCUGGAGAAGGUGCUGCAGCAAGGAGACAUCAGUGAAUGCUGUGAACCGUACAUGGUCAUGAAGGAGACCGAUGCUCUGAAGAACAAGGAGAAGCUGGAGAAGCUGCGGGUGGCAGGAGAGCAGUUCUGCACCCGCUUGGGAAGGUACCGCAUGCCAUUUGCCUGGACCGCCAUCCACCUCGUGAAUAUAAUCAACAGCACUGGGAUGCUUGAGAGGGAUGCUUCCGACUCUGAGAGUGACCGCAAGGGAACCUGGAAUGAGCGCAAGAGGAAAACAUACGAGCGCAUGAGUGUUGGGGAGGAGAUGUGCAGCUUCAACAACUUCCGCCCAGCUACACUCACCGUCACUAACUUCUUCAAGCAGGAAGGUGAUCGCCUCAGUGAUGAGGACCUAUACAAGUUCCUGGCAGACAUGAGGCGGCCAUCAUCUGUCCUAAGAAGGCUCCGACCUGUCACAGCCCAGCUCAAGAUCGACAUUUCUCCUGUGCCAGAGAACCCCCAUUACUGCCUGUCGCCAGAACUUCUGCAUGUGCUUCCCUAUCCUGACCUCCGAGUCCGGCCCACCAAGGAGAUACUGGAGUUUCCAGUCAAGGAAGUCUACACACCGCACACAACAUACAGGAACCUGCUGUAUGUUUAUCCCCAAAGCCUGAACUUCAGCAGUCGUCAAGGUUCAGUGCGGAACAUUGCGGUGAAGCUCCAGUUCAUGGCUGGAGAGGACCCUGGUCAAGCCAUGCCAGUCAUCUUUGGGAAAUCAAGUUGCAGUGACUUUGCAAAAGAAGCUUACACAGCUGUUGUAUACCAUAACAAGUCCCCUGAGUUUUACGAGGAGUUCAAGCUGAAAAUCCCAGCCAACCUGACGGACAACCACCACCUGCUUUUCACCUUUUACCAUAUCAGCUGUCAGCAGAAGCAAAAUACGCCUCUGGAGACCCCAGUUGGCUACACAUGGAUCCCCCUCAUGCAACAUGGCCGGCUGAGGACAGGACAGUUUUGCCUUCCUGUGUCUGUUGACAAGCCUCCUCCCAGCUACUCUGUACUCACCCCUGAUGUGCAGCUGCCUGGCAUGAAGUGGGUGGAUAAUCACAAGGGGGUCUUCAAUGUGGAGGUGCUGGCUGUGUCUUCUGUCCAUACUCAGGACCCAUUUCUGGACAAGUUCUUCACCUUGAUCCAUGUGCUGGAAGAAUACACUUUCCCCUUCCGCCUAAAAGACGUAAUCCUCACAGAAAACAACAUGGAGUCUGAGCUGAAAUCAAGUGUGGGCAACUUGCGGGUGGCUAGCUUGGAGUCCCUGGUUGUCUUUAGCCACCAGAUUCUCAACAAGCUCAUCCAACUCAUUGUGUACCCGCCUGUUAUUGCAGGGCAGAUUGUGAACCUGGGCCGUGCUGCCUUUGAAGCCAUUGCUGUGAUGGUGAACCAGAUCCACAAGAACCUUGACAGCAGCCAGGACCAGCAUGGCCACAACCAUCUGCUGGCCUCUUACAUCUUCUAUGUUUUCCGUCUGCCUGUGGCAGAGCCAGGCUUACCAGAGCCUGGAAUGCCACCCCACAGUGGCUCCAUCCAGUACGCCACCUUGUCCCGCGCCACUGGGCGCCCUAUCAGCCUUAAUCUCUCUCGCUCCAAAAGCAUCAGCAACAGCAACCCUGACCUGACCACCACACCCAACUCCCCAGAUGAAGAGGUUCAGAAGAUUGUUGGCAGCAAGGGGAUUGACCGCUCUCACUCCUGGGUCAACUCAGCAUAUGCCCCCGGAGGCCCAAAGUCUGUGCUUCGUAGGAAUCAUCCGAACUCCAGCAUGGAUCUGAAGCAGGCUGCGGAGCGAGCACCUAAUCGUAUCUCCUCCUAUCUUGAGAGUUCCACUUUUCCUCCGGCCACCCCGAUGAGAUCAACAACCAAAAAGCUGCUUCACGAAGAACUGGCCCUGCAGUGGGUGGUGAGCACCAGCUCCGUGCGGGAAGCUGCCUUGCAUCAAGCCUGGUUCUUCUUCAAGUUGAUGGUGAAGAGCAUGGCACACCACCUGUUCUUGUGUGACAAGCUGGAGGCGCCUCGCAAGCUGCGCUUCCCUGGCCGUUUCGUUGAUGACAUAUCAGCCCUAGUGUGCACCGUCAGUGCCGAAAUCGCUAGCCGUUGCCAGAAGGAUAUUGAGCUGGUGGAACGUCUCAACAGCAGCCUGGCCUUUUUCCUCAAUGACCUACUAUCCUUCAUGGAUCGCGGCUUUGUCUUCAACCUCCUGCGUUCUUACUACAAACAGAUCAACAACAGACUGCUGACCACCCAGAACCCCAAUGCCCUCAUUGCUCUGAGGAUGGACUUCAUCCGUAUCAUCUGCAGCCACGAGCACUACGUCACUCUGAACCUGCCCUGCAGCGGCCUCUCCCCACCUGCUUCCCCCUCCCCUUCCGUUUCUUCAGCAACCUCCCAGGGCUCAGCCUUCUCCAGCCAGACACAGGACCAACGAGUGGCCAGCAUGUUUGAGCUGUCCGUGGCCUUUCGGCAGCAGCACUUCCUGGCAGGGCUCGUGCUGAUGGAGCUGGCUCUCAUCCUGGAGCCCGAUGCAGAGGGAGCCUUCUUCUUGCACAAGAAGGCAAUCAGCACCCUUCACAACCUGCUGUGCAGCCACGACUCGGACCCUCGCUACAUGGACUCUUCAGUACGGGAGCAUGUGGCUCAGCUGUACUUGCCUCUGAUUGGCAUCGUCAUGGAUGCCCUGCCCCAGCUCUACGACUUCACAGAGAACCUCAGCCAGCGAGGGCGGCUGGCUUCCGUGACGGUUGAGGACGGCGAUGGGGAUGGCAGCACCAUUAGCCAGUCAGUUGCCAUGGCCAUUGCUGGCUCUCCCUUGCCCCACACUCAUCGGUCCACCGUCUUCCAAAUGCCAUCGGUGCCGCCACGCCAGUAUAGCAUGCUGUCGGCUGAAGCAAGUCGCAACCUGCUGGUGUGUCUCCUGUGGGUCCUGAAGAAUGCGGAUGGAGCUAUUCUGCAUCGCUGGCUUGCUGACCUCUCGGCUUUGCAUGUGAACCGUCUCCUUGACCUGCUCUACCUCUGUGUCUCUUGCUUCGAGUACAAGGGCAAGAAGGCCUUUGAGCGCAUCAACAGCCUGACCUUCAAGAAGUCUCUGGACAUGAAAGCACGACUGGAGGAAGCCAUCCUGGGCACUAUUGGGGCCCGCCAGGAGAUGGUGCGACGCAGCCGAGAGCGGAGUCCAUUUGGAAACCAAGAAAAUGUUCGCUGGAGGAAGAAUAUUGCCCAUUGGAGGCAGAAUUCGGACAAGGUGGACAAAUCCAAGGAAGAGUUGGAACAUGAGGCUCUGGUGGAUGGGAAUAUGGCCACAGAAGCCAACAUGGUGGUGCUGGACACCCUAGAAAUCAUUGUGCAGACUGUGAUCUUAUCGGAAGCCAAGGAGAGUGUCCUGGGCGGGGUGCUGAGGGUGCUUCUGCACACAAUGGGCUGCACUCCCAGUGCUGCCUUCCUGCAACACUGCUUUGCUACCCAGAGGGCGCUAGUCAGCAAGUUUCCCGAAAUGCUUUUCGAGGAGGACACAGAACUGUGUGCUGACCUGUGUCUGCGCCUUCUCCGCCAUUGCAGUAGCAAGGUGGGCACCAUCCGCACCCAUGCAAGCACCUCGCUCUACCUUCUCAUGCGACAGAACUUCGAGAUUGGCAACAACUUUGCCCGAGUGAAGAUGCAAGUCACCAUGUCCCUCUCCUCGCUUGUGGGAACGUCGCAGAACUUCAAUGAAGAGCACUUGCGGCGCUCAUUGAAGACCAUCCUGACCUAUGCCGAGGAAGACCCGGAGCUGCGAGAAACCACAUUUGCUGAACAGGUUCAAGACCUAGUCUUCAACCUGCACAUGAUCUUGACAGACACGGUAAAGAUGAAGGAACACCAGGAGGAUCCAGAGAUGCUGAUAGACCUGAUGUACAGGAUAGCCAAGGGGUACCAGACAUCACCGGAUCUGAGGCUGACCUGGCUGCAGAACAUGGCAGCGAAGCACUCUGAGCGUGGGAACCAUGCAGAGGCCGCUCAGUGUCUGGUGCACUCCGCUGCCCUGGUAGCCGAGUACCUGAGUAUGCUGGAGGACUGCCGCUACCUACCUGUGGGCUGUGUCACUUUCCAGAACAUCUCUUCCAACGUGCUGGAAGAAUCUGCCGUCUCGGAUGACGUCCUGUCCCCUGAUGAAGAGGGCAUCUGCUCUGGGAAGUACUUCACCGAGCAAGGGCUGGUUGGGUUGCUCGAGCAGGCAGCGUCCUCCUUUACUAUGGGUGGGCUUUACGAGGCUGUCAACGAGGUCUACAAGAUCCUCAUCCCCAUCCAUGAAGCCAACCGCGACUUCAAGAAGUUGGCAGUGCUGCAUGGCAAGCUGCAGGAUGCUUUCAACAAGAUAACCGACCAAAGAAUGUUUGGAACAUAUUUCCGAGUUGGUUUUUAUGGCUGCAAGUUUGGGGAUUUGGACGAACAAGAGUUUGUUUACAAGGAACCCUCCAUCACCAAGCUGGCUGAGAUCUCUCACCGGCUUGAGGAGUUUUACACUGAGCGCUUUGGGCAUGAAAUGGUAGAAAUCAUCAAAGGUUCCAACCCUGUGGACAAAGCCAAGCUGGAUCCUAACAAGGCAUACAUCCAGCUGACUUACGUGGAGCCGUUCUUCGACACGUAUGAGCUGAAGGAUCGGGUCACGUACUUUGACAAGAACUACAACCUGCGCACUUUCAUGUUCUGUACUCCCUUCACGCUGGAUGGGCGAGCGCAUGGCGACCUGCAUGAGCAGUUCAAGCGCAAGACUCUGCUCACCACCUCCCACGCUUUCCCCUACAUCAAGACCCGCAUCAAUGUCAUCCACAAGGAGGAGAUCAUUCUCAUUCCCAUCGAGGUGGCCAUAGAGGACAUGCAGAAGAAGACCCAGGAACUGGCCUUUGCCACCCACCAAGAUCCACCUGAUGCCAAGAUGUUGCAGAUGGUGCUGCAAGGAUGUGUUGGCACCAUAGUCAACCAGGGACCUCUGGAGGUGGCGCAGGUAUUUUUGGCUGAGAUCCCCGAAGACCCCAAGCUCUACCGACACCACAAUAAGCUGAGGCUCUGCUUCAAGGACUUCACCAAGAGGUGUGAAGACGCCCUUCGCAAGAACAAGACGCUGAUUGGACCAGACCAGCGGGAGUUUCUCCGAGAGCUGGAGAGGAAUUACCAGCGCCUCAAGGAAGCCCUGCACCCGCUUCUCAACCGCAAGAUCCCUCAACUCUACACCCCUCUGGCCCCCCAUUCUGCACACAGAAACUCCUUCAGCAGGCUGAGUUUGCGGAAGACUGAAGCCUAGAAAGGGAAGCCCCCCGCUGGAACGGACCACCUGAAAAACUGCAGGGACCAUUCGCAGGAGGGAACUACUGAGCCUUGCAUCCCCCCAGGGUUGCAGCCAAGCAGGAUGACAGGCUGCUUGCUCUGUUCUGGGAGGCCAACGCUGAGACUUGGAGUACCCUCCCAUGUCAUUCCAGGCUCUCUCCAGGAUGUGGGCCAGUCGGACACUUCAAGAGGAAGGAGACAUCUCUGUGGGAGCUGGCGGUGGGAGUGAUCUGGCUCUCACAUAUGUGCAGCUCAGAGCUGCGCCCCACCUUCAGGAAGACUUGCAGUGCACAGCUUUCUCGGUGAAGCACCCCAGCUGUGAGACCAUCUGCAGAUCCCCUUCCCUGAUGAACUGAAGAUUUGCUUUUGCUCUCAUGGGCCUUUGACUUCCACAAAGAAUAGCCAGAUUUGAAACUCUGGCUAUGUUUGCAGUUGGAGGCCCACCCACUGUGGAUUCUGUGUUGUCUUCUGUCUUGACAGCUGGGCUCAGCCCAAAAAAACUUAGGUUUCCCCCUUUCUCUUGCUUUGUUUUUUGACACUCCCCUUUUUGGCUACCAACCACUUAGAGUUGCCAGCUAUUUGUUCAUGAAUCAACAAGAAUGACAGGACCAAGUUCUUGUUCCCAUUCCUGGGUGGGGAGAGGAGAGAGGGGCAGCGGUCUCUGAGUUAGGGGGCUGAAACCUAGGACACCUGGGUUCGCUUCCUCACCUUCGGAGGUGACCAAGUCCUCUUGCACUAAGAGCUUGAUGUUUCCACCCAGUGCUUGGGCUGAAACCAAGGAGUCCCGACUCCAUACUUUCUCAGCUCUUCCCUCCACCCCCUUCCCAGGAGAUCCUGACUGCCAGUUUUUAUGUAGCUGGUCACCAAGUGAUGGCCUUCUGCCAACUGCCUUCUGGGACCCUCAGCUUCCUCACUUGCAGCACGGGCCAAAGACCCUUCCCUAUUUUACAUGCCUCUUGCUAUACCCUUUCCGAGGCAGGGGCUAGUAUUUGCACGCACACUUGAUCACAGCAGUGCCUUCUAGAGUGAGCAGAGGAGUUCUGUUCCCCUCCUUUCGCCCCCAAAAUGCCAAGGGGGGAGGGGCUGUGUGUGCAUUUUUCAUUAAUAAGAGGAUGAAUGAACUGUGAGCAUCCCUCACCUUAGUCAGUGCCUCUCCCCCACCUUCCCAAGCAAGCGGAAGUGAAGGAAAAUCACUGCUGCAGGCUCGAGUUGAGUUUAGACUUUGAUCUCACUCUUAUAGGAAUGAACAUCCUUCUCCUGGGGGAGUAGUGAUUAGCCCCUGCCCAUAGUGGCAGAGCGAAGAGUAUUUGGGAGAAAUGAGUGUAUUCUGCUUUCUUUAAUAGGGGAUGAUUUGAGGAUCGAGGGCAAUGGCAAAAUGCUCUUGUGUUUUUACUACUGGAGAGAGUAAAUCCAGAUUUGCUUGAAAGUAAUGGGGAGCAUUUUAUCCAAGUACAUAGGAUUAAUCCAGACGAUAUUUCCCUUGAUUUGGACUGAGUACUUUUUUUUUCCUUGCUCAGUUUAGCAUCGUUUUUGGCGAAAGCAAAACGAGCUAGAACAGACAGAUUUGUGUAAGCGGUGCUGAUUCAGUUCCAAGUUUCUCCUUUUUGGUUUUCGUAGAUUCGUACAGGCACUGGACCAAUCCAACAGGUAAAACUUCCCACUGUUUCUCUCCCUUGCUCCGUAACCCCCUUCACAUAACCACCCAAAGACCUUUUAUUAAAAUAAUAAUAAUUGAAGGUUGGUGCUCUUUCCUAACAGUGGAAGACAAAAGGAGCUCAGUGCUAGAGCUCAAUUGCUUACUUGUAACCAAAGCUGCAACAGCUCGGAUUCAAAAUGUCACGUUCUCAUGUUUAAGAAAUGUCCUUCUCUCUGGAUCAGAGUUCCACUCCUCUUACCUUGCUCCAGGCCAUAAAUUCUGGACAUGGUAAAUGCUACAUUUGUGUUAUGGCCAGGCCAAUGGUAGGCAGCUGAGAUUUGAUUUCUGUAUGUCUUGCUCCUUGGUGGAGAAGUUUGUAAACAUUUUAUUUAUAAUGCCAUUAAACAAAAUCCAAAGAGACUGAUACUGAUUCUGUUCUUAUUAAUGAAUAGGGCUGUGUCAUUUCUUCACACUUGAGUCACCUAGGAAUCUGUACUAGCUACAGUGGUACCUCGACUUACGAACGACUCGACAACCGAAUUUUUCAACUUACGAAUGGGGCUAAUGGCCGCGUGCUUACGAAUGUCUCGGCAUCCGGAAAAAAACCGCGGCGGUUUUAGAUAGGGAUUUUUCAACUUACGAAUUUUUAGAUAGGGUUGCUUC